AUGUCGGCAGCUGGCCCUUCUCGUGCUCAUCAGUUCAGCAAAGUGACCAACCUUCCGAAUCAGUGGGAUGAUGCUAGUUCUUCACCCGACCCACCUUCUCUCAAUAGACAUUCCCUCAAAAGCCCUAAUAAAGCAUCAGUCGGGCCUUCUGGUCGUCAGUCGCCUUCCAGCUCAGUCGCAUCAGCGUCUCCUCGGCGAUCUACGGCUUCUCCACGAACAGUUAGGCGCAGACCUCCUCCGCAGAUACCCUCUACGCCGCGGAGCGUAACGAAAAACCAACAACAACAACAACAACAACAACAACAGACUCAACCUCGAAAACCCCAACAAAAUCAACAGCCAAAAAUAGCAGCCAUACCUCUCGCAGAUACAUUGAAUGUUCUGCUCACUCCUCUCAGACUAAUCUUACUUCCCUUCAACAUAUUCCUUGGACCGUUCUUUGCGCACCUUGCCAAUGCUUUCCUGCUCAUCACAAUCGCUAGUUUUUCGGCCUACUUCCUCUUACCGCUUUUACCAUCAAUCAUCCUAAAGCUACUAGGGAAAUCGAUCCGAUACCUGUCUAACGACUUUCUGAGCCGCGCAUUUGGUUUCGCGCAAGACUCAGAUAUCAUGUUGGGUAAAGAAGUGUUUCUCCUUCCAGCCAAAACACUAGCGACACCAGCUUGCCUUCUGGCAGGACUGUUUUGCGAAACCUCUCUUUUAGCACAGAUUGGCGAAGACGGGACCAGAGCGGCGGCUAGACCAUUCUGGGCAAGUGUAAGGAGUGAUGAAGAUGAUGUAGACGUCGCACAAUAUGCACGAGCUUUGACCAAAGAAGCUAGGGGUGCCAGGGAUAUCUUUGAUAGUGUCCGGACUCUCGGUCACGGUGGUGUCGCAGGAGGAUUGGAAUAUGUUCGAAUAUGGGAAUUAGCUGUUGCCGUCAAUACCGGAUCUUCACUCGAAGGGAAAGGAUUCAUCGCUGAACAACUACGGGAGCUCGGAGAUAUGACUCGCGAUUUGUCUGAUGAGAUUGUACACAUCGAUUCUAAAACUGUCAAUGCCUUCAGUUGGCUGCAGUGGGAGUUUCGCGAUCUCGUAAAUCUCCUCUCCCUUCCUCCCGGCAGUCGACCGGAAACAACUAUCAUAUCUCGAAAACUCCACUCGCUUUUACUUCGGCUAUCAACAGAGCUUGACUCAAUAUACUCCUUGACAUCCACAGCAGCUCAACAUGCUUCUCAUGCUUCUUCACAUGGUCAAGGGCUAGACACUGAGUUAAGCCGUACUGCCAAUGGUCUGAAAUAUGAAGCAGACCGUUCUCCAGGUUGGAAGAGAGUGUACGACAAAUCGGCACAUUUCUUGGUAGGAGGAGAACCCUCAAAAACAGAACUGCUGGAUCGAGAUCUCAGAUUAACAACCAAGACGAUUGGUAACAUCAGAGCCUUAAGUAGGAGUUUGGAAGAAACAAGAACUAAGAUCAAGGUUUACAGAGAUCAAGUGGGGAUGUUUGGUGCUUCGAUGAUGGGAUUUCACCUUGGUGCUGGGGAAGAAGUAGGAUUAAGUCCUGAAGAAGAAGUCAGGAUUUUAGGUGAAGUCGUUGAAGGUCUGGGAAGAGCAGUGGGAAUGGCUAAAGAAGAGGCUAAAUCAGGGAGGAUAGAGGUCUUGGCAAUCGAUGAAUAG